GCUGCGGCGCCGCGCGGGUGGGUGGGAUAGUGGCGGAGCUCCGGGCGCCCGGGCAGGGGCGAGAGAGCGCCAUGGCGCCUGCUGUGGCUGCGGCAUCCGGUGCCCGCGCCGCGGCGAUGUGAGGAGGCCGCCUCUUCUCCAGGACUGAGGAGGCUACAGCUGCCCGCCUGCCUUCCACGCGGGCCGCGGCUCCGGCAUGGCCGGGAUCAUUAAGAAGCAGAUCCUGAAACACCUGUCCCGGUUCACUAAGAAUCUUUCCCCAGACAAAAUCAACUUGAGCACCCUGAAAGGGGAGGGUCAGCUCACCAACCUGGAGCUGGAUGAAGAGGUUCUACAGAAUGUGCUGGAACUGCCCACAUGGUUAGCCAUCACUCGGGUCUACUGCAACAGGGCCUCCAUCCGGAUCCAGUGGACAAAGUUGAAGACACACCCAAUUUGCUUGUGUCUGGAUAAGGUAGAGGUGGAGAUGAAGACGUGCGAGGAGCCUCGGCCCCCCAAUGGACAGUCUCCCAUUGCCCUUGCUUCAGGACAGAGUGAGUAUGGCUUUGCUGAAAAGGUAGUGGAGGGGAUGUUCAUCAUCGUCAAUUCCAUCACCAUCAAGAUUCACUCCAAGGCCUUCCAUGCUUCUUUUGAAUUGUGGCAGCUCCAGGGUUACAGUGUCAACCCCAACUGGCAACAGAGUGACCUUCGUCUGACUCGCAUCACUGAUCCCCGCCGAGGAGAGGUUUUAACAUUUAAGGAAAUAACUUGGCAGACACUUCGAAUUGAGGCAGAUGCUACAGAUAAUGGUGACCAAGACCCAAUCACCACCCCACUGAGGCUUAUUACCAACCAAGGCAGGAUCCAAAUAGCCCUCAAGAGAAGAACCAAAGAUUGUAAUGUGCUAGCCUCCAAGCUGAUGUUCCUGUUGGAUGACUUGCUCUGGGUGCUAACCGACUCACAGCUCAAGGCUAUGAUGAAGUAUGCCGAGUCGCUGAGUGAGGCCAUGGACAAGUCAGCCCAGCAAAGAAAGAGCUUGGCCCCUGAACCUGUACAGAUCACUCCCCCUCCACCCAGUGCCCAGCAGUCCUGGGCCCAGGCAUUUGGUGGCAGCCAGGGAAACAGCAGCAGCAGCAGCCGGCUCAGCCAGUACUUUGAGAAAUUUGAUGUGAAAGAGUCCUCCUACCACCUGCUCAUCUCCCGCCUGGACCUACACAUUUGUGAUGAUAGCCAGUCCCGAGAUCCAGGUGUCUCUGCAAAUAGACUCAUGGGUGGUGCCAUGCAGCUUACCUUCCGCAAGAUGGCAUUUGACUACUACCCCUUCCACUGGGCAGGUGAUAGCUGCAAACAUUGGGUACGACACUGUGAGGCCAUGGAGACCCGAGGACAUUGGGCUCAGAAGCUGGUGAUAGAAUUUCAGAGUAAAAUGGAGAAGUGGCAUGAAGAGACUGGUCUGAAACCACCCUGGCACCUGGGAGUAGACUCUCCUUUCCGGAGGAAAGCAGAUUCUCUUUCUAGUCCUCGAAAGAACCCUCUUGAAAAGUGUCCCUCUGGGGGACGACAGGCUGCUUUUCGGCCUCCAGCUUGGAAUCGCUUACGCUCCAGCUGCAUGGUUGUACGAGUAGAUGACCUGGACAUCCAUCAGGUUUCUACAGCUGGACAGCCAAGUAAGAAGCCAUCUACACUCCUUUCCUGCAGUCGCAAACUUCACAGCCUACCCAAUCAGGUCUCUGCCAUUCAUGUUGAGUUUACAGAGUAUUAUUUCCCAGAUAAUCAGGAGCUUCCAGUUCCCUGUCCAAACCUCUACAUUCAGUUAAAUGAUCUGGCAUUUACUGUGGAUCCUGUCAGCUUGCUCUGGGGAAACCUCUUCUGCCUAGAUUUAUACCAUAGCUUGGAGCAGUUCAAAGCUAUUUACAAACUGGAAGAUUCAAGGCAGAAAGAUGAACAUCUAGACAUCCGAUUGGAUGCCUUUCGGUUAAAGGUGAGCUUCCCUCUGGAGAAGAGAGAGCAGGCCAAGUUGCAUCGUCCCCAGGCCCUUGUCUUCUCUGCAUCAGGCAUGAUUGCCACCAAUACACGUUAUGCCCCACAAUGUAGCUGUCAGGAUCUCCAGAGUCUCUUCCGGGGUUUCGCUGCUGCUGAGUUCUUCCAUUCUAAUUAUGAUCGCUUUCCCAAGGUUCCUGGUGGCUUUAGCCUUCUGCACAUGCUGUUUUUGCAUCAUGCCUUCCAGAUGGAGUCCCGCCUUCCUCAGUCUAGUGCCCUUCCUCCCCAGAGGCCUAAGGCUUCCCAAGAUCUCUGGUCCAUUCACUUCACCCAUAUCUCCUUGGACUUUGAGGGAACAGAGAACUUCAAAGGCCAUACCUUGAAUUUUGUGGCCCCCUUCCCCUUGUCUAUUUGGGCCUGCCUACCGCUCCGCUGGCAGCAAGCCCAGGCUAGAAGGCUCCUUUUGGCCUCAGAGGGAAGGUUGAAACCAUCAGCCAGCUUCGGCAGUCCUGUUCACUCUGAAGCCCUUAUCUCUGAUUCUGUGUCCCAUCAGAGGUCAAAGACUGAGCAUGACUUGAAAAGUUUGUCAGGCCUUACAGAAGUCAUGGAAAUUCUGAAAGAAGGCAGUGAUGGUGCGGACAACAAAGGGCCUAUGACAGAGCUGGAGGAUGCAGCAGAUGUCCAUGUGCUUGUACACUCCCCUGCCCAUGUCCGUGUGAGGCUUGACCACUACCAGUACUUGGCUCUGCUUCGCCUCAAGGAGGUGCUGCAGGAGCUUCAGGAGCAGCUGACUAAGGAUACAGAGGCCAUGACAGGGUCUCCCCUGCAGGACCAGACAGCUUGCAUUGGUGUCCUCUUUCCCAGUGCUGAAGUGGCUCUGCUCAUGCAUCCUGCCUCUGGAUCUGUCAAUGCUGACUCUGCAGAUUCAGAUACCACAAGCCUCAUAGAUUCAGAGCUGUCUCCUUCAGAGGAUCGGGAACUGAAGUCUGAUGCCUCCUCAGACCAGGGCCCAGCAAGCCCCGAGAAAGUCUUGGAGAAUAGUAGUGUUGAAAAUCUGGAUGCAUCUCAUGAGAGGCCUCAGAGCAAUGGAGAAUGGCAGGACUCAGGUCCAAUUAUGCAGCAGCUGGCAGGGAAAGGCCACGAGGCAGUUGAGUCCCUCCAGGCCAAGAGACUGAGCAGAGCUCAAACCUCCAGCUCACCAGCUGUAUUGAAGUCUACAGCUGGCAGGGAUACUGCUGUAAAUGGACAGGGUGAGCCUGUUGCCUUGAAGAACAUUGAGGGAGAAUUGUCAAGUGCUAUUCACAUGACCAAGGAUGCCACCAAGGAGGCUCUCCAUGCUACCAUGGACCUCACCAAGGAAGCCGUAUCCCUAACUAAGGAUGCCUUCAGUCUGGGCAGAGAUCGAAUGACCUCCACCAUGCACAAGAUGCUGUCCCUGCCCCCAACCAAGGAACCCAUGGCUAAGACAGAUGAGGGCAUGGCAGCCCCUAUGAGUGGAGGUGCUGCCCGACUCCGAUUUUUCUCCAUGAAGAGGACAGUGUCUCAGCAGUCAUUUGAUGGUGUUUCAUUGGAUAACAGUGGCCCUGAAGACCGAAUUUCAGUGGACAGUGAUGGCAGUGAUAGCUUUGUGAUGCUCCUGGAGUCAGAGUCUGGUCCAGAAUCUGUUCCAUCAGGAUCUCUUCCAGGUGUCUUGGAUAAUGCUGUUCAAGGGAGCCCUGUCGUGGAUAAUUUUGGCCAGCGUUCCCCAGAGGCCAAUAGUUCAGUGUCACCCAGUGGUGAGGACCUCGUCCUUCAUUCGGUCUCAGUUCUGGUUCUGAAGGUGAAUGAAGUGUCUAUCGGGAUUGAGGUACGUGGUGAGGACCUGACUGUAGCCUUGCAAGCAGAGGAACUGACCCUGCAGCAGCUGGGCACCGUGGGACUCUGGCAGUUCCUGCAUGGACAGUGCCCAGGUUCCAACUUUCAGGAAUCUUCAAGUUUGAAGACUGACAACAUUAGGCCAGCUGUGGGCCUUCGCUUUGAGGUGGGACCUCAUGCAGCUGUUCAUUCCCCACUGGCCACACAAAAUGGCUUCCUGCACUUCCUACUUCGAGGCUGUGACCUUGAGCUGCUCACAUCGGUGCUCAAUGGCCUGGGGCCCUUCUUGGAGGAUGAGGAAGUCCCAGUAGUAUUCCCCAUGCAGAUUGAGCUCCUUAACUCCAGUAUCACCCUAAAGGAUGAUAUCCCCCCCAUCUAUCCAACAUCCCCAGGCCCCAUCCCCAUCACUGUGGCCAUGGAGCAUGUUGUGCUGAAGAGGAGCGACGACGGUGUGUUCCACAUCGUUGCUGCUGCUCAAGACAGACCAUCAACUGAAGUACCUAAAAGUGAGAAGAAGCAGCCCCCAAAAGAACACCUAUUUUUGGUGCCCACAGGAAAGGUUUUUGGACAACAGGUGAACGAACUGCCUACCCUACAAAAAGAACUUAUAGAAACUAAACAAGCACUGGCCAGUGCUAACCAGGAUAAAGAAAAACUUCUUCAGGAGAUUAGGAAAUAUAACCCCCUCUUUGAGCUCUGAUAGCAGAGGCUCAGCCGUUUGUGCCAAGAAGAGAGGAGAUCACCAGCAGUAGCACCACCUGGGACAGAAGGCACCGUCCAGCAUUGGAUAAUCUGCUGAGGAUGCGCGAGGGACAGGCGUACUCAGUGCACUCCCUGUGGGUGUACUUUCUACUAGCUGUUCUAGCUUGGAAUGAGGAUAGGGCAAAGCUGGGAAAUUGGGGUUGCUUUGUAUGUGGCUCAAGCAUCAUUCGUUGCCUGUAUAAAGCUAAAGCCUUUUGGCCUUCUGCACACUAGGUGGACUCUUCACACUGUAGGGCCAUUUCACCUCUUGGUUUCAUGGUGGAGAUUUUUGCUUCUUUCACAGCCUGUGUGAACAAUUGAAAGGACCCACUUCCUCAGCCACCCACAGAGCCACCAAAGAUUUCAUGUCCCAGAGCUUCCCGCAGCAGACCUGAAAAGUUGUUGACCAGAACUUUGGCCUUGAUAGUGGAAUAGAACAGGAAUAGCCCAGCAAGGGGAGUCGGGGUAGGAGAGGCAAAGAAUAAGGGAGACCUGGACUCUGCCUGUUUGGAAUGGGAAUCAGGCUCAUAUCUUCUUGGCAGAUAUUACAAUCAGAUUUUUUAGGGUCAAGCUUCUUUUCUGUUGUAAUUUCAUCAUUGUGAUGCUGUGGUAGAAAGUAAAGUUCUGACUAAGCCAUAUCAUCUUUCCCCUUCUGUAACGUAAUUUAUUUGAAAUUUAAAUUAAGAAAAAAAUUUCACUCUGAGCUAGGGUGAAGGCAAGAUGUGGUACGGAUCAACAUGGGAUCUUGAUUCUGAGCCCUCCAGGCUCCUGCCCCUCUUCUACAGUUGCACCUGAGAAUUCAGUUCCUCUGUCUUCCUGAGGUUCAUGGUCAUCUUCUUUGCCAGCAUUGUGACUUUGCUUACCUCAGUACUUGAUCAUUUGGGGACUGAAAAUGUAUUUCACAUUUUAACAUAAACAUCUCAACCAGUUGCCUCUCAUUCCCCUCUAUUACUGUGGCUUUUAAAAAUCAUGUAUUUUGAUGUAAGUAUAAAACGACAACAACGACAACAACAACAAACCCUUUAAUAUAUCUAAGUUUCCCCCCUGCCGUAUAAGAGAGCUGUUUCACUUCCCUAAUUCUCCAAAACUCUGCCUUCAUUCAUACCUCUGUGGUAUGGCUCAGGCUGUGUCAAUUUGGCAAAAGGUAUCAGCUAACUCACUUUGACUUAGCAAGAUGGUAAAAUAGUGAAUUAGUGAUAUAACUUAAGUCUUAAUUGUACAUAACCUAUUGGAAGAGAGGUAAAUGGUUUCUUUUAUAGGAAAUCAUGCUUGAUUUGUAUACUCUGGUUUUUUUGAGGAUAAAAAGAAACAUGCAUUUACAAGAGAACAAGAUCUAAUUUGUUCAGACUUUUAAGAACUUUGGUCAAAUUUCUCCACCAAGGCAAUUUUUAGAACAUCAAUUACUGUCAGAUUGUGGGAAUUUGUCAUUCUUGGGAAACAACUUAGAGGCUUGGGAAUAAAGAAACAUUUUUCUGGAGAGAAUGUUAACAGGGGAAGUUUCCUAAGGGUCGGUGAUUGGUUCAGUAUUAAGAUUCUUAUAAAUGACCCAAAUGUAGGUCUUUACAAUGCAAUAAAAUGUUGCUAUUUCCAUGCGAUGAAAGGUAGACCAGAAGAGACUGAGACAGAAAACAUCCAACCCCCACAAACUCAUAGACAGAUCACAACAAGCAGGGUGAAGACUCAAGGUGUCAAAUGAGUUUCAGCCUAGUCAGGAUAAGGGAAUGUGUUUACAGAAGAAUGAUUAGCUGACAGGGCAGUGGAUGCCACUGGAACUCAGGGAAGCAAGCAAAGUGCUGCGUAGAGGUGGGAUGGAUGUGCUGCUGUGGCCCCGGGCCUAGCUCAUGAGCAUGAUCAGGAAAAGCGCCGCAAACAUGACUGCACUCCAUGCAGAACUAUGGGUACAUCUUAAAUGAUCUGUGUAUCUCUAGAGACCUUAUUUAUCAAGUACAUGAUGAAGGGAGGAUAGGUCCAGAGAACAGCAAAAAUACCAAGGGGUAGAAGUGCUUCUGCACGACAAACCUUUAAGGUGUGGACUCUGUUCUACAAGGAUGAAAACAGGUGUUUGGUCACAUCCAGUGAGCAGCAAGGACCCAGUCCUGCAAUGUUAGCUCUAAGGCUCUGCCUCAUCACCUUGGGUAUAAGGAAGUGGGAAACCUGAAGAGCUUAUUGUUCAAGAAGUGGCACUGGCAGAAUCCAUGCGUGACUGCAGAAGGUUUAAGAGGAAUCUCUGUGAAAUAGUCUCCCAACAGGAAUGAUGUUUGGUGAUCAACAACCGAGCAGUAACAUCUCUCCUCAAAGUACCACUAGUGUUUCAAAUGUUGAGCUGAAUGGAUCAGUAGUUCUCUCAAAUGUGCAUUUCUAAUGUUCUUGAAGGAAAGUAGAGGAUGAGAGAGAUCCAGUAGCCAGAAAAUAGAAUUAUUCAAUCUCAGGCUCCCCUAAAGUCAUUUAAAGUCACAUUCUGAUUCUCUUCUGCUUCCUCCCUUGCCCUCCAUGCAAAGAUGUGUCUAGUAGGCAUUGCUUGGUAUACCUUUGCCUUAAGCUUGCAGUAGAAACACAUCCAGCAAGUACCAAGGCUGACCUCUUAAUGGCCAGAGCUGUCCGUUUCUGGGUUCUCUGAAGGAGUCUGGAGUUCUUGCCCAUGUGACAAAUGGAGCCUUAGAAUUUCUGACUUUUCUUAUAUGACAGCUUGAGCCAUUAUGUCUUGAAAUUACCCCUCAGGAAAAUGUGGUAGGAUUCAUUAUUCCUUGGAAUUUUAGUAAAAAUCAUCUUGUAUAACUUUAUGCUUCUAUUCAUAGGGUGAUGAUACAUUUUCAUAAUGAAGUAAGAACUAGUGGUAAUCUUCAGAUAAGUGUAAAGGAAAAUAAGGAAAAAGUAGUGUCAGCCCUUUUGAACUGUUUAUGCUUUCUGCUUUGGAGCUGCAAGACUGAACAAGAAGUAACAAUACCUCAAGAAAACGUGUGGAGUGAUAGCACCAGCAUCCCUCAGAGCUGUCAGCCACUGCACAUUAUCAUUUCAGCGUGAAACAUGUAUUACCUAUGAUCAUGGAGAUUUCUUGUUUACAUACACAAACUGGGGAUGAGCUUUAGUGUGCAUGGACUAGAGCAUAAAUCCUCUUCCCUGGGCGGCAGGGAUGGCUGGCAAUCUCAAAUUGUUUUCAACUCACUGGGAUAACCUUGUUCUGAUUUAAGACAGGAGUGGUUCUAGUCACAUGAUGGCUGCUUUUACUGUAUAUUUCAUUUGACCUUCAUUUUGCCAUGGCCUCAAACUUUGUGUCUCCUUUCCCAUGGUUCUGAAAGCAUGGUUUCUAUGUGGACUGUACAGGGAUAAAAGCCCCCCCUCCAUACCCCAUAACUUAAAUUUUUCCACUUAACUAAUUGACAUUAGUUCCUCCUUAGGGGGAAACAGGGUGGUAGAAGAUAGUUUGAAGUUUUGCCAGAUGGUAACUGUCCAUGUCAAACCUUUACACUAGGGAUCCCCCCUUCACUGUUUCAGAGAGCCUUGAAGGUGUGAUGCACCAUCCUUUCAGGGACUAGGGCCUUUGCCUCAUUGCUCCCCCAGCUUCUGCCAGAAUAGGAAUAUUCCUUCAUCUCUGGGUAGGUUUGCACAGUAGCUAUUAUUGAAGGCAUUUUUUUUUUUCCCUGUGGCUCUAGGGGAAACACUUGGACAACCUGCAACAGUGAAGCCUUGCCAAGUGACCAGACUUGGGAUUUGAUCUUCCUCACUUGUUAUUUAUCGUUUCAGCUUUAUGCAAUAUCUCUAAUGGCACUGGUUACAGUUCCUAUAACUGUUAAAAGAACAUUUUCCUGCUAGAGUGCAGAGACAUCUUUUUCAUCAGUUUAUUCACUUUUAGUCAAGAUUUAGCUUGACCCAUAGCAUUUCUUUGUGGAACAUGUCACUGAAAUGUCUUCAUUGGCUAAGUAUAUGUUUAAAGCUAUGAGUUUUUAAUGUAAGAUACUAAAAGUCAGAUGUGUCCCAGUUCGAGUCCAAGCUGUUUCCCCCUCUCAGGGUGCUAAACAGAAUUGGAAUCUUAAAGUCAUGUUCAGGAUAGCUUAAAAGACAGCAGCCUCAAAAUCCUUCUUUCUAUGACACUGAACGAACAGUAGAAAAAGAAUUCUGGGGGAUUGCCAAUUAUAUAUGGUAGCCUUAUUACUGCUAAUCACUGUAAAGAAAAGGUCACUCACUCCAUUCCCCUGUUUAAGGAAAACAAUGAGAAUGUAUGCAAUGAACUGGAAUCCUGAUCAGUAUUGGGAAAUUUUAAUGUUGUGACAUCUAAUAAAACCCUGAGUGUACUGGUUCUGUGAACCAUCUGAAAAAAAAAAAAAAAAAGCAUAUUAAACUUAUUAA